GAGAGUCUCGCUUCAUGAUAAACAGCUUGAGUAGAGGAAACGAAUGACGAUGACGCGAAUAAUGUCACUUAGCUCGGUCUUGGCUCGGAAGCAGCGGCGCUCUCACGACAUCGACUCGGAGUCAUUGCCGCUUUCGAGCGGCGAGAGUGCGGCGAUUCGGGAACUCGCAGUGUUUCGAGUAUAACUUUCGAUCUUCGAAUGCCCGUCGUAAAUACAAGCUUACUAGGAGUACUGGUGGAACGACUGCCUGAAGCGACUUUCCUGCGAAAUCAUGCUAAACCCUUAUUCUCGAAGUGGUAUUUCCGUUAUUCACCAGCGACUCGUUCGUGAUGCUUUCCUGAAGCUGGCUUAGCAACUCCGCCACCACCGAGAAGUUACUAAGCUUUCUAAGUUCCACAUCAUGUGAUAUGAUAUGAUAUCAUAUUAUCCUUCCGGCGGGCACGUCGUGUCACGCGGAUAGUUGGACUUUAAUAUUGAUCCUCUAGCCCUCGGAAGAUCGGAGGCUCGGAGGCUCGGAGGCUCUCACUGGAAUGCACGGAGCCGUCAUGCAGCGCAAUGUUUCCAGCGACUCGCGGUUAAGGUUCAGAGGAAACCUGGAAGACUCAGAUGAUUUUAUCAUCUCACCCCACCCCACAUCAGGCCCUUUCCCGCCGUUCUUCCGCAAGCUAGGGCAGCGUACCAUGGUGAUGGUAACCAUGGGGACCAUGCAUCUUAUCAUGCCGCCACGUUUAUGUAACCCUGCCCCAAUCCACAGGCCCCGUCUUCGGCGCGCUGCUCGCCCUAUGGCUGCUCUCGGGUGUGGCGUUCGCGGCGUGGCUGUGCUACUCGCGGCACUCCUCGUACCAAACCGACCGCCGUCAGCACCUCGACAUGUGGUGCUACGAGCGCGCCAAGCUGUUCGAGCAGCACGCGCUCACCACCGUCAGCCAGAUCCGAACUCUGGCGGGGCUAGCGUCAGUGAUGGGGAAGCCCAGGCGCCACGGCAACUGGGCGUGGGACAGGUGCCUGGCGGAGCAGCGGUGGGACGCGUACCUGAAUGCGACGAGCUAUGCGCGGCCGGGGAACACGGGCGCCACCGUGUGUGUCUUUGUCACCGACCAAGAGAGGCCUGCAUUUGAGCGCCAGUACGGCGGGCCCAUCCUCGGGUUGAAUCGGGAGCCGCAGCAGCGCCAGCCGCUGUACUGCCCGCGCGUGUUGGAGAUCCACUACUACCGGGGCUCGGCGCUCAUGAUCGACUUAAUGCAACGCUUGCCAGAGGAGCUGGCGUUUCUCAGGAGCACGGGCGAGCCCCUGUUCAGCUAUGCCACGCCCAUUGCAAACCUCUCCCUCAACCUCAAUGGCUUCGCCGUGGGCUUCCCCAUCUUGCAGCAUCCGCUGCCGCCGAACCCCACUGAGGCACAAGUCACUGAAGCUGUGAUUGGAGCAGCGGGGUCCGUUUUGGAUCUGGUGUCCAUGGCAAGGAACGUGCUCGAGAACGUGUUCACCCCAGACCCCUCCAUCACAUUUGAGGUCUAUGACACCACGGACCCCAACGGCUUGGUCAUGAUCUACGGCCCGGGCCCCAGACUCAUCCAUUAUAAAGUGGGGGAUCCCGGGUCCAUAACUUCUGCCUCCCCCGCUAACGCCACGCGCCUGUGGGAGGAGCGGGCAGUCGUGCCUCUGGACCUGCUUGGCGGUCGCCUGCGCAAGUACGAGGUCUGGUGCCGAUACAAUCAACCAUCCAACACGUGGCUCUCCUGGGGCAUGCCCGUCCUCUGGAUGCUCCUAUCGCUGGUGGUAACCACCCUCAUAGCUGGCGUAGCAUGGCAGCAGCGCGUGGUGUACUUUGCAAGCCAGGAGGGUAUAGCAGUGGCGGAUCUCCUUCGAGCUCAGGCUCACACAGCAGAGCAGUCGAAGAGUUCGUUUGUGGCGUCGAUGUCGCACGAGCUGCGCACGCCCAUGGUGGGCAUCAUGGGGCUGCUGGACGCCCUGACUGACAUGGGGCUCUCCGCCCCCCAGGUGGAGGACGUGAGAGCAGCGCGUGCAUCAGCGUACGACACCGUGCACCUCGUCAACCGCGUGCUCGACCUCUCCAAGCUCGAGGCCAGGAAGAUGGGCCUCAGCUGCGUGCAGUUUGAGCCGAGGGCAUGGCUGGAGAGCAUUGUUGUUGACAACUUUCAGGCUGCUGGAAAAAAAGGGGUACAACUGGUGGGCAUGGUGGAUGUGAACGUGCCUGUGGUGUUGGAGAUGGACACCAUGAGACUCACACAGGCGCUCAGAGAGCUCAUAGACAAUGCAGUUCGCUACACAGCAACCGGCCACGUGUUGGUGCGCGUGUCUGUCUUCCCCGCUGCCACCACCCUUGAGGGCGCCCUCAACCAACUCAAAGCAUUAGAGACCCCACUACAAGCCUCCUCUCCUCCUCCUCCUGGCGGCUCUUGCUCCUCCCACUUGGCCAACCCGCUCAUGCUUCUGCGGCUGCUAGGAAGGGCUGCAUGCGGGGCUUCUCACGCAGAACCACCAGCAAUGGAGAAUGCAGAAAGCGAGGAGCAGGCAGCGGCAGCAGGAGCAGGAGCAGUGAUGGUGGAGGGUAGGAGAGGCGUUAGGGGAGGUGGGCGUUUGAAGGCGGGCGGGGGAGGGGUUGGUGGUGAUGGCGAUCGGGGUGGUAGUGGAUGGAGCGAGGGCAAGGGAGGCAUGCAGCUGGUGGUGUCGUGUGAGGACACGGGGUGCGGCAUCGAUGAUUUGACGCUGGAAGGGCUGUUCGAGCUCAAGGGAAGACUGGAAAGUGGAGGAGCAGGGCUGGGUCUUGUGUUGACACUGCAGCUGGGAAGAUUGGAAAGUGGAGGAGCAGGGCUGGGUCUUGUGCUGACGCAGCGGCUGGCGUCCCUCAUGGGUGGUCGUGUCGCCUGCUUGUCUCAUCCCGGCAUCGGCUCCACCUUCGCCUUCUCCGUCCCCUUGGCUGCGCUCCCCUCCUCGCCCCACAUUCCUGUGACGAUUGCUGCUCGCACUCCUACCGCUCCGCCUCCCACUCCUCACACUGGCGGCAUGGAGGGAGUAGCUGUUGGCGUGGUGGGGUCUGAUGCACGCAGGAGGGAGCUCACGGGUCGCAUGUUAUCAGGUCUCGGAGCACAGGUGCACCUGCUGGCAAUGCCAGCAACAGUAGAGUCAAGAGUCACAGAAAGGCCGCUGGGAGAAGCAGGGAGGAGCAGCCACGGCGAGAUUGAGGAGAGAAGAGACGGGGACUCUGCUGGCUCGAUGACUGGCUUGUAUGGUGCGAGAAGAGCCAGAGCGGCAGAAAGCGAGGGAGGGGGAGAGGGAGAGGUAGGAGAGAGGGGGGUUUUGAGAGAGGGUGUGCGAUGGGUGGUGGUGGUGGGGGAGGAGGAUGUGUGGUUGCAGCAGAGUGAGGAAGAGAGUGUGAGUGGCAUGGCUGGUCAGCAGUGUGGCGGGAAUGGGUGGUGGGGGGAGCAUGGGGGAGGGAGAGGGGCGGUGGGGGAGGAGCACAGCAGUAGAAUGCCUGGGGUGGCUGUGGUGCCGGCAGGGGCAGCGGCAUGCGCGGCAGCCGUGCGGGUCGUGAGGCGAGUGGAAGGGAUGGCAUGCAGUGGACAGGUGGUGGGGGCUGUCAUUCUAGCGGGCUGCUGGAGUGGCGAGGAGAUGGGGGGAGAGGAGGGAAUGGGAGACGAAGAGGAGGAGGAGAGGGAGAGGAGUGCACACGGGGGGCAAGAGAGGCAUCAGGUUCAGAUGGCCGCUUGCCCUGCCUCUGCCAUCUCUCCCAGUGUGGUCAUCUGUCACCGCCCGCUGCUCUCUCACCAUCUGCGCCACGCCGUCCAGUUGGCAGCAUUUGGGCUUGAAGCCAGCAGCCCAUCCCAUGGCAGCAGAGCCUGUGAGAGGCAUGGCAGCAUCGCGCCUUGCGCUGUACGAGAGGGGAGCAGGGAGCAGGGGAGCAGAGAGUUGGGUUCAGAAGAGCAGGACUGGUUAGCAUGCUUCAUGGAUGGGCAGGGUGACACUGAGGACUACAAAGAGAUUUGUAGGGCAGAGGAUGGUGCACGCGAUGGGGGGACGAGCAUGCCCAUGCAAGGCGAUGACGGCAUGCGGUCGGCACCCUUAGAUGCCCCCCGCGGUUGCAGAAGCAGCAGUUUGGGAGACGUCGAGGGGGCCGGCAAUGUUGGCGCUGAGAGCCAUGUGGCCUUUAAUGUUGACAAUGUUGGCGCUGUUUGCGCUGAGAGCCAGGGGGAUAUCAGAACCUGGGCUGCUGGCAGUAGAAGCAGGAGCCUCACAGGAGGCACGUUGUCUUACAGUGCAAGCAUGGAGAGAGAGAGGGGAGCAGCAAGGAUGGGGAGUGUUGAAGAAGCCGCAGAAGCAUUGGCGGGAGUAAGAGGAGUAGGAGGAGCAGGAGGAGGAGGCGGUGUGAGGCGAGGAAGCAUGUAUGUGACAGGCAGAUGUAGCCUGGAACUUUCAUCCUCCUCCUCAGCAGAAGCAGCAGCAGCGGCAGCGGCAGCGGUGGCGGCAGGGACGGCAGCAGCAGGAGCAGGAGGAGCACGUAGAGGGGUUCGUGGGCGGUCAAUCACAACGACUGCAGCCCUAACAGGCAGGGACUCCCUGUCAGCCCGGGAGGUCACCGCGGUGCUGCAGGGACUUGGCGUGCUGGUGGUGGACGACACGGGCGUAAACCUGGUGGUGGCCCGCCACACUCUGAGUCGAUGCGGCGCCGCUGUGGCCACUGCAGGCAGCGGGGAGGACGCUGUGAGGCGCGUGAAGGAGGCCAUGGGGGCUGGGGUAGGCGAGGAUGCCGGGGGAGAUGAGGAGAAGGCGGCAGUUGAUGUGGUGCUGAUGGACCUGCAGAUGCCAGGCAUGGAUGGGUUCAUGGCAACAGAGGCCAUACGAGCACAUGAGCAAGCCACAGCCGGUCAGCUUGCGAGAUCGUCGGAAGGGGGAGCGGAAGCAGCGAUUGAAGAUGCAGCCACCUCUGUCGCUGCCCCUCUAGUCCCCGCAGUCCCCCGGGUACCCAUAGUGGCGCUGACAGCGGAUGUUGAUGAGGAGAUUACUCGGCGCUGCCUUGCGAAUGGCUUUGAUGGCAUUCUGCAGAAGCCAGUCGACCCCAAGCUGCUCUCGGACCUGCUGCUGCACAUUGAGAAGCCACGCAGAUUGGGGUCUCUAUGAAGCCUUUCGGAUCCAACGGUUCACAUUCAACUCUUGAGUGAUCUGCUCUUGAGUGGAUGGUGCAUAGAGAAUUGAGUCCUUCAUGGGUGAGUACGGUAGUAUGUGCUUGAUAAGGGCGCAUGAGGGGGGUGGGCGGUCGCUACCCCGUACAGAUUUCCUUGCUACAAGUAUAGCCCGUACGGAUUCGAAGAAAAGGUACUCGUUAGGCUAAGGAAUACUGUGAAAUUGUUUCUGUAAGUUGGACGGACUCGGAAAAAAAAUCGCACUGUAAAAAAACGGAAUCACUUGA